CUGGCAGCAGGGAAAGCGGCGUCUGCGCGCGUCUCCUAGUUAGCGUCUGCUAGAAUCGACUGGCGGGCACACAACAACAGAGGAGCCGAAGGCUGCGGGUGCGGACGCCGGCGCACGGGCCAUGGUCUCCACGCGGCUGCCGGAGCCCCCCGCCGAGGGUCCACCCUGGCCUCUGGGCCUUCUGCGCGCGCCCCUCGGGCUUCUGCGGAUGGACCCUACCGGCGGCGCGCUGCUGCUGCUCGGCCUGGCAGCGCUGCUUGGCUGGAGCUGGCUGCGGCGGCACCGGGCACGGGGCAUCCCUCCUGGGCCCACGCCCUGGCCCCUGGUGGGCAACUUCGGCUACGUGCUGCUGCCGCCCUUCCUCCGGCGACAGAGCUGGAGGUACCGCCAGGCGAGGGCCACAGGGAUGGAGCCCGCGGCCCUCAGCCCGCAGGUGCUCCUGGCCCAGCUAGCCCGCGUGUACGGCAACAUCUUCAGCUUCUUUAUCGGCCAUUACCAGGUGGUGGUCCUCAACGACUUCCACAGCGUGCGCGAGGCGCUGGUGCAGCAGGCCGAGAUCUUCAGCGACCGCCCGCGGGUGCCGCUUAUCUCCAUCGUAACCAAGGAGAAGGGGAUUGUAUUCGCACAUUAUGGUCCAGUCUGGAGACAACAGAGGAAGUUUUCUCAUUCAACUCUUCGUCAUUUUGGCUUGGGAAAGCUUAGCUUGGAGCCCAAGAUUAUUGAGGAGUUCAAAUAUGUGAAAGAGGAAAUGCAAAAGCAUGGAGAAGAUCCCUUCAGUCCUUUCCCCAUAAUCAAUAAUGCCAUCUCUAACAUCAUUUGCUCCUUGUGUUUUGGCCAGCGUUUUGACUACACCAAUAGUGAGUUUAAGAAGAUGCUUCAUUUUAUGUCGCGAGGGUUAGAAAUCUGUCUGAACAGCCAGGUCCUCCUGGUCAAUAUAUGCUCCUGGCUUUAUUACCUUCCCUUUGGACCAUUUAAGGAAUUAAGACAAAUUGAAAAGGAUAUAACCAGUUUUCUUAAAAAAAUCAUCAAAGAUCAUCGAGAGUCUCUGGAUGAAGAGAACCCUCAGGACUUCAUAGACAUGUACCUUCUCCAAGUGGAAGAGGAAAGGAAAAAUAAUAGCAACAGUAGCUUUAAUGAAGAUUAUUUGUUUUAUAUUAUUGGGGAUCUCUUUGUUGCUGGGACUGAUACCACAACUAACUCUUUGCUUUGGUGCCUUCUGUAUAUGUCAGCAUACCCUGAUGUACAAGAAAGGGUUCACGAAGAAGUUGAAAGGGUCAUUGGUCCCAACCGAGCCCCUUCCCUCACUGACAAGGUCCAGAUGCCGUACACAGAGGCUACAAUCAUGGAGGUGCAGAGGCUGACGGUGGUGGUGCCACUUGCCAUCCCUCAUAUGACUUCCGUGAAAACAGUGCUUCAAGGGUAUACCAUCCCUAAAGGCACAAUGGUCAUACCCAACUUGUGGUCAGUACACAGAGACCCAGCCAUCUGGGAGAAACCGGAUGACUUCUACCCCAAUCGAUUUCUGGAUGAUCAAGGACAGCUUAUUAAAAAAGAAACCUUUAUUCCUUUUGGGAUAGGGAAGCGGGUGUGUAUGGGAGAGCAACUGGCAAAGAUGGAAUUAUUUCUGAUGUUUGUGAGCCUAAUGCAGAGUUUCACAUUCAGUUUACCUAAGGAUUCUAAGAAGCCCAUCCUGACUGGAAGAUUUGGUCUAACUUUAGCCCCACAUCCAUUUAAUAUAAUCGUUUCAAAAAGAUGAAGAAAGUCUCCAAAGAGAGAUGGUGAACACAUAUAUAAUGUCCUUCUGAACAAGUUUUCUUUCAGCAAUUGACAGCAACAAUUCAGCAGACCCCGGUUAGACUCAAAUUAAGUAGACACUGGAAAGAGUAGAGCUCACAGGAGCUUCCGUCUCGGAGGGUUGCUCAGCAGGAUACAUCAGCCCUUUUAUUGAUGCAUGUCUGUAAUUUUGGAGACAAGGACCACAGUACUGUUUUGGGAAGCAGGAGGUCUGGAUUUGAGCCCCAGUACUUUCCACCAACGAACAUUUCUUCUCACCUCUCUGUGCCUCAGUCAUUCCAUCUAUAAAAUGAAGGUACCAUAACUUGCCUUCUCUCUGCCUCUUCGCACCAAUGAAGGUAAUAUGCCUUGUGUCCUUUCUGACAUUGCCGAAACACUGUUAGGUUCUGGAGAGGAAAUUCAGGAGAAUGUUUAUGACCUGUGACAGCAUGAACUGUGUUCAGAUUGGAACACUUGGUCAGAGAGGGAUAUGGGUUAAGGUUACGUUGAGCUAGAGCUUUUCUCAGCACAGAUCCUUUGCCAGUUUUUUGUCUUGUUAUUGUUAUCUUUUUGUUUAUGAUGUUAGUUUUUUUGUGGACAUAGGAUGAAGCAGACCUUUGUCCAGUAGGUUAAGGAAAAAAGAAAUUAGGAUUUAAAAAAUCCUCCCAUAAGGUAAUUAUUUGAAUGUAUAUGGCUACCUUCUACUUCAAUUACAUGGACGGUAAGCCUGGCUGAAGAAGCAGCUUCAUGCCAGAAUUCCUUUCUGCUGACUUGACUUGCAAAGCUGUAACUUUACCUUUUGGCUUGAGCCCUGAGUGGUGAGGUCAGGAAUUUUCCUACUGGGAUUCAUCAGGAAAGGACUCUUCUUUUAAACUGCACUGAACAUUUUUUUUUUUUUUCCAUUCUCCCUGCCACCAGACCUAAUGUAUCUCGUCCUUGAAUACUCUUGAAGACAGGAAGACAUUCUUACUGUUUAUUAUGGAACUAAAUUAUUUCUUAAUUUUAAAAAAGGUCCCUAUAGAAGAGCAUUUCUUAACAGGAGUAAUAACCCCAUACAGAGGGUGUUUGGUGAUGUGUUGGUGCAUUUUUUUGGUAAUCACAAUGAUGGGGGUGCUCCUGGCCCUUUGCUCCUGUGGGGUCAGGAUGCUAAAUGUCCUGCAACAUCAGAAUAGUCCUAUACAAGGAAGACUAUGCCAAUAUUUGCGCCAACGAGAACUGCUCUAGAAAACCAUGCUCCAAAGAAUGAAUAGUCUUUCCUGUGGUAGUCCCUAUACAGAAGUAAUCAUGGUAAUAAUGUGAGCAGCCAUGUUUUGACCUCCCCUCAUGCUGGCACCACGCUCAGUGCUUUACUUGUACGCUUAUCUAAAAUCCGUACAGAAAUUCUAUUAAGGGGCUGCUAUUUGCAGCUGAUGAAAUGAAACUGAGAAAAAUGAAGGCACAUAGUUCAAAGGUAUUAUCUCUGGGUUUCCAACCUGCCAGUCUUGUGACUGGAGAGCUCUUUUUGAACCAUGUCUCUGUGCUGCUACCACUCAACCCCAUGGCAGUCAGUACAUCUGCCUCACGCUGUAGUCGGGUGGGCCCAUCUUCACCCCACACUGAGCUCCUGGAGGUGGGACUCGUGUUGUUUGCCCCCCUCACAGUGCCUUGCUCUUAGUGCGUGCCCAGUCACCCUGUG